AUGGGAUUUUUCGAUUAUUUCUUUGGAAAAAAAAAAGAACCUGAAAAAUAGGCUCCACAACCAUAAGCAGUCGUUCAAUAGCCAAAAUCCAAUAAAUAGAUUGAAGAGGAAAAUUGGGUUUACGCUUCGAUUCUUUAAUAUUUGACAUCCCCAAUCUGGAAUAUAACUAUUUCUGAAUUUGUAGAUUAAAACUGCAUCGUCUUUGAUGAUGAAGAGGAGAAUAAGUUAGAAUAUUAGGCCUUGUUCAAAAAAUACAAAAAGAUGAUGGCCAAUCUUAUUGACAAUAUGAUGAAUGAGUUAGGCGUAAACGAAGAGCAAUUUGCUGAGUAAGUAGAAAAGGGUUUAAGGCAUCCAAAGGAAAAACUGGUCUUUGAAAAACUAUUGACAAUUGAUAACUUUUUGGUUUUCAAAACUCAAAUGAUUAAAAGAAACAAAGAAUUAGAAUUAGAGGCCCUAAAAGAAAUCGAGAAAUAAGAUCAGAAGAAAGUUUAAAAAGGAUAAGUUGUGAAUCCCUAAAAUAAUGCUAAUAUCAAACUACUUGAAAUGGAAGCAGAGAAGGCUGAAUUAGAACAUGCAUUGUAAAUGUCCUUGGCAGUCGAAGAAGAAAAAAAGAAGAUGGUAACCGAAGAGGAUAGAUAAUUACAAGAAGUAUUGAGAUAGAGCUUAGUUGAAUUUUAACAAGGUUUGAAAAAGUAAAGAGAAGCUUUAGAACUAAAAACUAGAGAAUUAAAAAAAGCGAAAGAAGAACAAGCAUAAAAAGCAUAGGAGUUUGAAUAAUAAUCAAAAUUGUAAUAAUAAUAAUAAUAAUAACCGUAAUAAUAAUUAUAAUAAUAAUAACCAUCAUAAGAAAUUAAAUAAUAAGGUAGUCUAAAUUCAGAUGGAACACCUACUCCUAUUUUAAAAUCUGAAUAUCAAUUAUAAAACAUUUAAAGCCAAAUCUAACAAGGUCCAACUAUGGCUGAAUUUUAUUAAGUUCAAAAUAGCAACAACUCCCAACCAGAAAAAGUCGAAUAAGUGCAAAACUAGAAAGAGCCAAUACCCAUUUUAUAAUCAAAAAAACUUGAUAAGUUAUCACAUAAACCUGUCUUACCAUCAAUCUAGGGUUAGGCUCAACCUGUAAUACAAUAAGCAGAUUCAGUGAUCUAGUUUGAGAUGGAUGUUGCAGAAGAUGAUGCUGGUGUCAAAAAGUCGGUCAUUGCAAAUUUAGCUUCUCAAAAGACUACUGAAAUAAAUAAUGUUGAUUAAGGUGAAAGUGUUGAAGAUAGAAAAAGAAGAUUAAUUAAACAAAGAGAAGAAAUUAGAAAGAGAAAAGAAGAAGAAAAUAAAAAGACUUUGGAAUAGUAUAAACAAUAAUAAGCUAAUGAAAUCAAUAACAAUAAGGAAGAUGAUGCCUUUUCAAUCUAGAGAAAAAAUACUUAAGAAGAAUUGUAAAGAAAAAGAGAACUUCUAGAGAAGAAGAAAAACGAAAUUAAAUUGCAGAAAGAAAAAAUGGAAAAAGAAAAAAUGUAAAAUUAAGAAGAAGAUAUUGAUUUAUUAUGA